CUGUAGAUCAGUGGAAUAAACAGCCGAAAUGAUAUCAACAUACCAUUCGAUUAAACCCAAUGUAGUUUAUCAUGAUAAAUACAUGUCUAAUGCAAAAACAACAAAACACAUGUAAAAGCAACCCUUUUAGAAAAGUGACGAAUAUUCUAAACAUGUGUCUUUGACACCUGGCGGAUGGAAGGUGCAACAACAGAAUCAGCAGCAGACGUUUCCUUACAGCCGCAGUCUACGAGCCACCAGAGGCAAAGAGGAGUGACUUGCACAGUUUUGAAAGCAAGCAGGGAAAAUGGCAGACGCCGAGGACGAGAAGCUACCGUCCGGGUGGGAAAAGCGGAUGAGCCGCAGUUCCAGUAGAGUGUACUACUUUAACCACAUCACCAAUGCCAGCCAGUGGGAGCGUCCGGUGGGGUCAGGUGAUGGGAGUGGCGAGCCAGACAAGGUGCGUUGUUCCCACCUCCUGGUGAAGCACAGCCAAUCGCGUCGCCCGUCCUCCUGGAGGGAGGAGAACAUCACACGCUCCAAAGAGGAGGCCCUCGACCUUAUACAAAAGUACAUAGAGCAGAUGCAGUCAGGAGAGGAGGAGUUUGAGGCUUUGGCCUCUCAGUUCAGUGACUGUAGCUCCGCACGCAACGGAGGAGACCUGGGACUGUUCGGCAGAGGUCAGAUGCAGAAGCCUUUUGAGGAUGCGUCCUUCGCUCUGAAGGUGGGAGACAUGAGUGGUCCGGUGUUCACCGAUUCUGGAGUUCAUGUCAUCCUUCGCACGGGAUAGAGACAAGGCUCUGAUACUCCCUGAAUACCCCCAUCGCCCCCUGAAUACUCCCUGAAUACCCCCAUCGCCCCCUGAAUACUCCCUGAAUACCCCCAUCGCCCCCUGAAUACUCCCUGAAUAUCCCCAUCGCCCCCUGAAUACUCCCUGAAUACCCCCAUCGCCCCUGAAUACUCCCUGAAUAUCCCCAUCGCCCCCUGAAUAUCCCCGUCACCCCCUGAAUACCCCGUCACCCCCUGAAUACCCCGUCACCCCCUGAAUACCCCGUCACCCCCUGAAUACCCCGUCA